AUGAUACUUUACUGUGUGGUUGGUGAGACGGGAGUUACUGAAAUACAAAGAGAUGAUCUGAUAGUGUGGAGGUUUGGAGAUAAAGGUGUCCUCCUGGCUAAAAUUGAUGUGGAAACUAACGAGACUUCAUUAAAUGAUGCUGAUGAAAGAUUCAAAGACAGACUGCAGCUGGAUCAGACUGGGUCUCUGAUCAUCAAGAACACCAGAACUGAACACACUGGACUUUAUGAACUACAGAUCAGAGGCCGUGAGAGCUCGCAGCAAUUCCUGGUUUCUGUCAGUGCUCUUCCUGAUCUGGGUCUGUCUCCGGGUGUUAUAGUUGGGAUAUCUGCUGCUGUUCUGCUGUUUUUGACUGCAGUUGUAGCUGUUGUUGUGAAUUACUAUCGCCGCAAGAUCUCUGAACUAAAAAAGCAAGCGGUGAGGACAGAGCCCGUGAAGUCUGGAGAAUUUGUGACUUUAAAUAUUGACACUGAAAUACAAAGCGAAGAUCUGAUACUGUGGACAUUUGGAGCUAAAAAUUGUCUCGUUGUUAAAGUUGAUUCAGGAACAACUACUAUUAGUGAGAAUUUCAGAGACAGACUGAAGCUGGAUCAUCAGACUGGAUCUCUGACCAUUAGAAACACCAGAACCACAGACUCUGGAGUUUAUAAACUACAAAUCAUCAACAGCGAACAGACCACAUUCAGGAGAUUUGACGUGACUGUCACUGUGAUGGAGGGAGAUUCUGUCACUCUAAACACUGAUCUUACUGAAAUACAGAGAGAUGAUCUGAUAAUGUGGAGAUUUGGACACAUUCUCAUCGCACAAAUUAACAGAAAAAACAAUAAGAGCAUAGUUUAUGAUGAUAAAGCCGGUGAGAGAUUCAGAGGCAGACUGAAGCUGGACAAUGAGACUGGAUCUCUGAGCAUCACAAACACCAGAACCACAGACUCUGGAGUUUAUAAAGUAACCAGCAUAAGAUCAGAGACACCGCUCAACAUCUUCAGUCUUACUGUCUAUGCUCGUCUGCCUGUUCCCGUCAUCAGCAGAGACUGUUCAUCAUCAUCAUCAUCAUCAUCAUCAUCAUCAUCAUCAUCAUGUUCACUGUUGUGUUCAGUGGUGAAUGUGAGUCAUGUGACUCUCUCCUGGUACAAAGGAAACAGUUUAUUGUCCAGCAUCAGUGUGUCUGAUCUCAGCAUCAGUCUCUCUCUACCUCUGGAGGUGGAAUAUCAGGAGAAAAACACCUACAGCUGUGUGCUCAACAAUCCCAUCAGCAACCAGACCACACAUCUGGACAUCAGUCAACUCUGUCAGCCAUGUUCAGUCUGUAUCUGCUGCUGUGGUUCUACUGAAGCUGUGAUCCGAUUGGCUCUCUCUGCUCUGGUGUGCGUGGCUGUUGUUGCUGUGCUGGUUUAUGACAUCAGAUCCAGAAGCCUUCAACAGAAUAGAAGAAAGAAUACAACACCAUCUGAUUAA